UCUUUCCUACUGUUACUAUUUGCAACUCUCCUCUUAAAUCCAAAACCGAAAGCUCCACCAAAGACUUGACCUUUCUUCAAUUCCAGUCGGACCCAAUUCGGGUUCGGACCCUCCCCGCAUUCCUCAUCACUCCCACGCACUCCUCCCAGCUUAAAGUGUGUAAGUUGGAGAUGGCGAAGCCUUCAAAGGGUAACCAUGAUGAGUUUGAAGACGAUGAAGAAGAGAAUCAUGCAGGGAGAGCAGAAGGACAAGGGAGGGAGAAGAACCGGUCGAAGCAUUCCGAAACGGAGCAGAGGAGGAGGAGCAAGAUUAAUGAGAGAUUUCAAAGGUUGAGAGAGAUCAUACCCGAGAAUGAUCAGAAAAGAGAUAAGGCUUCAUUCUUGUUAGAGGUUAUAGAGUAUAUACAGUUUUUAAAGGAGAAGAUAAAUUUAUAUGAGGGUCCAUACCAAGGAUGGAAUCCAGAGCCAGCAAAACUUAUCCCAUGGAAAAGUCAUCAUAGGUCUGGAGAAGAUUUUGCGGAUCACUCUCAGAGCAUGAACAAUGGUUCUGGUCAGGAGAAUAAUGUUGUUGUCUCCCCUGCGAUGCUCACCAAUCCUCAAAACUCAGUGGAAUGUGACUUGGACUCUGCUACUGUAUACAAAGCACUAGAUCAAAUUCGUGGACUAGCUACUCCAUCCAUUCCUAAUAUGAACCAGCAAAACAUCUUUGACCCUAUUGAGACCAUUGGAGCUCCUACACAACCACUGCAAGAAUCUAUCUCUGAUGCUGAGCACACAGCUUCUCAAUCUCAAUACCAGUCAUGGCCGGGCAUAAUGUCAACAGCUGUAACAGACAGUAAAUCUAAUAGGCAUGAUGAAAGCAAGACAGCUAGCAUCUCGACUGCCUACUCUCAAGGGGUAUUGAAUAAUCUGACUCUGUCACUACGAUCCUCUGGUGUGGACUUGUCCCAGGCCAGUAUUAAUGUUGAACUUGAUGUUGGAAAUCGAGCAGGGCUUGAUGUUGGAAAUCAAGCAGGCAGUGGCCUGAAAUCAGUGGCAUCUAGUUCACAGGCUCAUUUUAGACAAUGCUUGAACAAUCAAAUGGUGACACAUUCUCAAGUAGGCAGCUAUCACGAGAACUUCGAACAGCCUCACAAGCGGUUCAGAACAGGAGAAAGCUAGCUUUACCUGGUCAGCAAUUUUUCUUAGUAUCCUGUGCUUUUUGGAGGGUGGGAGCUCUUGGGCGGGUCAUUCAUCUAAGGUCAUGACCCAGAGACAACUAGGUCCGGGUCAAUUGUACAUGUUUGUGCUCCUUGUGCAUGGGUUUUCCUAGAUAGUUGCCUCAUAUAUUCGUUUUUGUACUUCUCGGCGUUAUUUAUCUAACAAUGCAUCUGUUGAAAUCAUUUGGAUUUUGG